AUGGGUGUUGCCGUGAGAAAUAUGGUUGUUUCGGUGCUUGAUGUGGGUGAAACUACAGAUUUGGGAUACUACCUAUGCCUUCCUUCUAUUGCAGGUAAAAACAAACAAGAAAUUUUUUCUUUUCUAAAAGAAAAAGUAUGGAAACAGAUUCAAGGAUGGAAGCAUCAACCAUUUUCAAAAGCUAGAAAGGAAAUAUUGCUUAAGUCUGAGCUUCAAGCUAUUCGCACCUAUGCGAUGAGUAUUUUUCGAUUACCAAGAUCGUCAUGUGAUGAUAUCGAAAGCUCAUGGAUGGUUUUUGGUGGGGUAAUGGGUCUGACGAGAAUGGAGGAAUCAGAUGAAAAAGAAUGGUCCCGUAUAUGUUGUUAUAAGGCUAUUGGUGGGUUGAACUUCAAACGUGUUCAUGAGUUCAAUUUGGCUUUGUUAUGUAAACAGCUGUGGCGAUUUCUUGUGUAUCUAGAUGCUCUUGUUUCUCGAAUCUAUAGGGCCAAGUAUUUUGCUUCCUCUUCUUUGUCUCAAGCUAAGACUGGAACUAAUCCGAGCUAUGUUUAA